ACUGUGACAUAUUUGGAUUUUUUUUUCAGAAAUUAGAGAACCAGUCAAAAUUUCUUAGCAAGGUGGAUUCAAUUUGUUUUGAAAAAAGCGUUUAUAACUCGCUAUUUUAUCGAUCUGUGUGCAAUAUUAAAACCACUACUACACCGAGAAUACGUCAAGAAUAUUGUACAUAAUGACAGACAGAUCUCCUUCUCCUAAAAAGGUGCAUCCUGACAAUGAAGACCUGGAGGUCCUUUCCAGUACUGACCUCAUAGCCAGAAUCAAGGAGCAGGAAGAGUAUAUAAAGCAACUGGAGAGUAAGAAGGCAAAGAUAGACAAGGGUGAUGAUGAGCCGGACCCAGGUGAGCGUCUCAAGCAGGCACAGAAGGACGCUGCUCGUCGUGAAAACACCCUUGUUCAUCGCCUUACAACCAAGGAACAGGAGCUGCAGGACUUUAUGGCCCAGGUGGCGGAGAUGAAACAGGCCGAUGGAACCAGCCAGCUGAAAUCUAUGCUUCUGGACCCAGCUGUGAACAUCGUGUUUCAAAGAAUCUCAAAGGAAAUGGAAGAGGCCCAAGAGAAACUGAAACAAACCCAAAAUGAACUAAGUGCAUGGAAAUUCACCCCCGACAGUCAGACGGGCAAGCGGCUGAUGGCCCGCUGUCAGAUGCUGCUGCAGGAGAAUGAGGAGCUGGGCAAGACCAUCGCCGCCGGCCGCACCGCCAAGCUCGAGGGAGAGAUUGCUCUGCAGAAGACACUAGUCACUGAGAUGAAAAACAACCAGUCAGAGCUGGAUGAGUUCCUGGGUGACCUGGAUGAGGACGUGGAGGGCAUGCAGACCAUGAUCUAUGUGCUGCAGAGCCAGCUGCGUGAGGCUAAGGAGCAGAUAGCUGCACUGGAGGAGGAGAACAGCAGGCUGAGAGCUGGCGACACUGCACUGCCGCCUCGAACUAUACACAAAAAACCAGAUAAAACCCAGUCAAAUAACAGAGAUCUCAGUAUUAAGACAGAGGUAGGCAAUCAAAAUAUAUAUGAUGAGAAAAACUAUCCGGCCAUGGAGACCAACUACUAUGAACAAGAGAAGACGGAGAGUGAUCUUGAAGCGGAGUACAACUAUGAAGGUUUGUAUGAGAAUGAGGACAAGUAUCAGGAGGAGCUGGAGGCUCAGCAACAUGUCAAACAGCAGGGCACUGAGUCCGAUAGGGCAGACAAUGGGUCUCAUUGUGAUCUCAACCAGGAGAUAGACUCAGAGCCAAUGGAAACUGAGGAUACUCAAAAGAAAAGUGAUGAAAACACACAUGAUGUGAAUGAAACUUCAAAGCGUACCAGAAAUGGAACAAGUCAUGACAGUUUUACACAUAAAGUACAGAGAAAUGCCAUACUAUCACCUGAUAAAUCAUCACACCAGCAUUCAUUAGAUGAUGACAACAGGAAGCAUCAUACAGACACUGGGAAACAUAAUGACCACUAUCUUGUAGACGUGUCUGGAAACAAAAUUGAACAGCACAUUGAAGAUUGUAGCUACCUGCAGAAAACAAAUUCCAGAAAUUCACGAGAAAAGACUCCAGAAAAUGGAAAUAGAAUUCCAGGUUCCUCAAAGAAUUGUCCAAAUAAGCCAGCUACAAAACACCCACAGACUUCAGAUGAUUUCUAUGCUGGCAAGCAUGCCUCUAAUGGCAGUCCUAACAAUAGCGCUAGUGCUCCAAGGGAACAGUCGAGCCACGCCCCUUGUUCAGAGAAUUCUGAGCUUGAGGAAAGAACUACAGACGAUGUUUCUAAACCAAAAAGUCGGACACCUAAUGAAAAAAGUCCAGGGUCAAUCUCUGGAACGAUCAAAGACAGGGAUACUGAUCAACAGUCAUUUCUUAAUGGAGUCACAUCCACUGUUGAUGACAUAGAAGAUUUAUAAUUAUUUUAUUGACAAAUAGUAUGGUAAGUUUUACUAUUGUUGAAUGCCUAGGUUCAUUUGUAUCUUGUUUUAGUUUUGUGUUUGUCAGACAAGUGUGCAUGUCACGGUCAAAUUACAUGUAUUGUAGAUCAGUUUAUGAAAGCUCUUUAGCCUUAAUAAGAAAUACCCCAGGCAAGUGUGCAUGCCAUGGUCAAAUUAUUGUAGAUCAACUUAUGAAAUCUCAUUUGCCUUAAUAUGAAAAACCCAAAUUAUACUGCAGGUAUGUAAAUGUUCAAAAACAUUAAUUUAUCAUAAUUGGUAUGUCAGUCAAAGUAGUCAGUCAUUUGUGCUUAAGAUGUCUUUCAUGUGAAUACAUGUAGGUAAAAAUGUUUAUCAUUUUACUUGACAGAAAACUAUUGCUUUACUUAAAUCCUACUUUCCCCCUUUGACGUGUGUAAAUCAGGUUUGUAGGUAGAUACAAAAUGUUUUGUUUUACAUGCAUAUAUGUUCUCAUUGGAAGUGCUGUCAAUUCAAGUUGCUAAGUAAGCAAACCAACCUAUCUUCUAUAGCAAGCCAAUCCAAUAUGAAAGAAAGAGUAAAGUGUCAGUCUAAUUUAAAAAUGUAUUUGGGAAAACACUCACAUUUGACACUAUGUUACACACUGCGUUUUCCUCUCUUCAAACCCACAGUGGAAGUAUUGUGACGAAAAACAAAAACAAACCCAGAUAUGCUUGUUAUUCCCCCAGCAUCUUGAUGUGUGAUUCAUAUUUCAGCUCUUUUAACUCGUCACUUUAAACGCAUUUUCACCAAACUUUCUAGAUAUUCUUGUUUCCAUAUAAUGGAAGUCAAAUAUUUAUUUAAUACUUUGUAUGAUUGGCUAUUCUACAUUAUGAUCUAAAUCAAGUGAAAAGCAGCUAUACAGCUACAAAUGCACAUUAAAAGAAGUACAUUUGACUGAUUGAUAGUUUGUUGUGUAUUUUUGGAAAACAGAUAAAAGAAACAUGAAAAGAAAAGCGAAAAAAAAUAAUUGUAUAUUAAUGAAGAAAAUCUCAUGAAAAAUAAAUAUAAAUUCCCUGUGUACAAAUUAUAUGUAGGUAUAUGAACCUUUGAAAUCUAGGUUUGUGUGACAAGCAUUAUACCAGUAUGCUAUUCUUGAGGAUGCAGCUACAUGUAGAAAACACUGCUUACAUUUAUGUACCUUAUGAAACUCUCGUGUAUUUACUAUUUGAUACAUGAAGGAAAGCAUCACGAAAUCACUUAAGCUGCACAAAGGUAUAAACGACACAUUCAUUCUCAAUAAAAUUAUUAUACCAGUGACCAAUAUUAUCAAACUUCAUUUUGACCUUGACCUUGUCCUACAUGUUAUUUGUACUUUGAAUAUUUUAAACGUGCUAUUCCUUGGUGAACACUUGAUACUGUUGUUGGCUAUUACUCCCAAACCCACCCUUUUCAUCAGUUUUGUUACUUAGUAGUACUUUGCUACAUCCAAUCUUUUUAUGUCCCCCACCACUAUAGUGGGGGACAUAUUGUUUUUGCCCUGUCUGUUGGUUUGUUUGUUUGAUUGUGUGUUUGUUUGUUUGCGCCAACUUUAAUAUUUGCAAAAAAUUUUGCAAUGUUGAAGAUAGCAACUUGAUAUUUGGCAUGCAUGUGUAUCUCAUGAAGCUGCACAUUUUUAGUGGUGAAAGGUCAAGGUCAUCCUUCAAGGUCAAAGGUCAAAUAUAUAGCUUCAAAGUGACGCAAAAGGGGACAAACACAUAUCUUGUUUUGAUUUGUUUUUUUCUGUAUUUUAUUUUAUUUCAGAGCAAAACCUAAAGCCAUUGUUUUAGAAAAAUCCAAUUGUUGUCAGCUAUAUCUGUAUUAUUUAUGUUAAUACUUCUUUAGAACAAAGUUUCUUUCAAAGAUGAUGUUUCAACAAGGUUUUAAUCAGUUAAAAUGUUUGAUGUGUGCAUUCAGUCAUGUUAGUGUUUUUUUUUGGUAUCAUACAGCAUGGCAUGACAAGAUUACUUGAAUUUAUGUUUGAAGUAAGUUCAUGUUCAUGUAUGACCAAUUUAUUUUAAUUUACUAUUGAACAAUUAUCUUUAAACCAAAACAUGUUAUUUGCAGUGACAACAAUGCUAAAUGUAUAAUUGGACAGGAUUUUCUUUAAUUAAGCAUGGAUUGUAUCAUAGGUUGAUCAAUAAUCUGUACCUGUGUGAUUCAGCUUUCUGGAAUAAAGUGACAAUUGAUGAACACAAUGAA